AUGAAUUCUUUAUCAACCAUUUCAGCGCGUCACUUUAUCACAGUUACAACAAGAACGAAAAGAUUUUCACCGAUUUUAUCGAUAAAUUCGUUUCACCGUUCUUUCCAAACUUCGCUUACCAAUAACGAAGAAGAGGGUAGCAACAUCGACAACGAUAAGAAUGAAAAAAAAUUACUUACUAAUGAUUCCAAAAAACAAAUUGAUCUUAUAGAUGAAAUUUUUUAUGAUUUAAAUCCUGUAAAAAAAAAGGAUACUUCUUCAAAUAAUAAAGAUUUAUUAUCAGUUUUUAAAGAAUCGUUAUCAUCAAAUCCAAUUGAAAACAAGCCCAUUUCGACACCUUCAAAUUUCUCGGAAAUUUCACCUAAAACUUCCAUUUUAAAUUCGUUUAGACCACCUACGAUAGAAAUAUCAACUUCCACUUCUGAAAUCACUAUCGAUAAUCCAGAAGUGACAGCAACGUUUUCGUCUGAAGCAAACGCACAAACAAAUGAUGAAUCCCGAUUCGUGAGAGAGGAUCCUGUAAUUUCGCUUUUAACAAAUAUGAUAAUGCGUGAUGGUAAAAAAGCUACCGCAAGACGAUUUGUAGCUGAUGCCAUGAUUGAAAUUCGUAAACAGACUCACAAUGAUCCUUAUUUAAUUACCAAAUCGGCUAUUGAGAAAGCUUCUCCAAUGGUCAGUCAUAUGAGUUCUAAGAAAGGUUCAAAAGUAACUUUAAUUCCUAGACCAUUAAAUGAGCGUCAAAGACAACAUAAAGGUAUUAAAUGGAUUCUAGAUGCUUCUGACAAGAGGUCCGGUAAAGUUUUUAGUAUUAGGUUGGCUAAUGAAAUUUUAGCUGUAAUUAAUGGGAGUUCAACUGCUUUACAAAAAAAGGAACAAUUACAUAAGUUAGUGAUGGCAAAUAGAGCCAAUCUUCCGGUAAAGUGGUAA